CUAAAAUAGCCCGUAGCUUGGUUUCCCUGUAGACGUUUAACCCCGCCAAACGUCGUCAUAUGUUUUUUAUUGAUUCCCCUCACCCCCUGUCUCCUGUUUUAUUCUAAACCUCACAACCUUGAAGCUUCAUUGUAAGCGUUGGCAUAUCAAGCUAACAACCGUCUGGUACUCUCUCUUUGCAUACGAUCUGAGUUUUUCAUCAUGAGCGUCAAGUCUGUCGAGUUCAAGUCCUUUGCUGACCAGAAGCCUGGAACCUCAGGUCUUCGAAAGAAGGUUAAGGUUUUCCAACAACCCAACUAUAGCGAGUCUUUCGUCACUAGCAUCCUCCUCUCCAUCCCGGAGGGUGCCGAGGGUGCAUUUCUAGUCGUUGGUGGUGACGGCCGAUUCUGGAACCCCGAAGUUAUCCAGCUGAUUGCGAAAAUUGGAGCUGCGUAUGGAGUCAAGAAGUUGCUAAUCGGCCAAAAUGGUAUCCUUUCAACACCUGCUGCCAGUCAUGUCAUUCGAAAGCGAAAGGCAACAGGAGGUAUUCUUCUGACUGCUAGCCACAACCCCGGCGGGCCCGACCAAGACUUCGGUAUCAAGUACAACUUAUCUAACGGUGGUCCUGCCCCGGAGAGUGUAACGAACAAGAUAUUUGAGACUUCGAAGACCUUAACCUCCUUUAAGAUCGCCGAUAUCCCCGAUGUGGACAUCACCACGAUUGGAACCAAGACUUACGGCCCCUUGGAGGUUGAAAUCGUCGAUAGCACGGCUGACUAUAUGCAAAUGCUCAAGGACAUUUUCGAUUUCCCCUUGAUCAAGAAGUUCUUCGCCGACAACUCAGACUUCAAAGUGCUCUUUGACGGUUUACAUGGUGUCACUGGCCCGUACGGAAAGGCGAUCUUCGAGGAGGAAUUGGGCGUCAAAGGCUCUACACAGAACUGUGUCCCUAAACCUGACUUCGGCGGCGGGCAUCCGGACCCCAAUCUCACCUACGCCCAUUCCUUAGUAGAAGCCGUUGACAAAAACUCCAUUCCCUUCGGCGCAGCAUCCGAUGGAGAUGGCGACCGAAACAUGAUCUAUGGUGCAGGAGCUUUCGUAUCACCCGGCGACAGUCUGGCUAUCAUAGCUCAUCAUGCGCAACUUAUUCCAUACUUCAAGAAGCAGGGGGUCUAUGGUCUAGCUCGCAGUAUGCCAACGUCGGGUGCCGUAGACCUCGUCGCAAAAGCCCAGGGCUUGAACUGCUACGAAGUUCCAACCGGCUGGAAGUUCUUCUGUGCCUUGUUUGACGCAGAUAAGCUAAGUAUCUGUGGUGAGGAGAGCUUUGGCACAGGAAGUAACCAUAUUCGUGAGAAAGAUGGUCUCUGGGCUGUCGUCGCAUGGCUCAAUAUCAUUGCCGGAUUAGGAGAAGCCAACCCUGGGACUACACCGAGCAUCAAGCAAAUCCAGGCAGACUUCUGGAGAACCUAUGGCCGAGUCUUCUUCACCCGGUACGACUACGAGAACGUGGACUCUGACGGCGCGAACAAGGUUGUUGGAACAUUGAAGGACUUAGUUGCUGACCCCAACUUCAAGGGCAGCAAGAUUGGAGAGCGCACAGUUACUGAUGCGGGCAACUUUUCUUACACUGACCUGGACGGUUCUGUGUCUUCAAACCAGGGUCUCUAUGCCCGCUUCGACAGCGGCAGCCGUAUCGUCGUCCGGCUGUCUGGAACUGGUUCAUCUGGAGCAACCAUUCGUCUAUAUAUCGAGAAGUACAGCAAAGAUCCCUCGACGUAUAGCCAGGAUGCUCAGGUCUUCCUCAAGGAUGAAAUCAAGUUCGCAACAGAUCUAUUGAAGUUCAAGGAAUAUGUGGGACGUGACGAACCUGAUGUGAAGACGUAGAAAGCCAAACGUCUGGAUUGGAAUUAGCAUAUGCAUUAGGAUGUUACGGCUCUGAGAGUAUCUAGCUUCUUGAGAUUAUGGUGUCAAUACACUGUAACCGGCACCGAUAUGAUAAAAAAUAAAACAAAUUUCCCUUA